GGGGGAUCGUGAGGCUGGACGCUAAUCCCUGUGGCUCGGCUGCAGCACGGCCUCCGUGUCGGCUCUGCGCCUCUGAACAUGAAGCAGUGACUUGUCCGGUUCGGAGAGUCUGAAGUCGCUUCACGUCGAGGAGAAGAUGAGUCCGGUCCAGAAUGUGGCUCUCCACGGAUCAGGCUCCACAUAAGAACCUGCUCCAGCCUCCCACCAGCGGCAGGAAGUGACUUCUGCAGAAAGGCUUCGCUCACUGGAUGAUGUUGCAGCAGUGAGCUCAUCUUUGCAUCAGGAUCUUCUCAGCACACGCGGCAGGAACCAUGGACGACCCCUAUCAGAACAACGUGAGCCCUCAGGUGACAGAGGGCGGGGACUACGCCUACACCCAGGAUGGAGGUUACCCAUACCAGACCGACUACCCGCCCCAGGAGGAGGACGCCCGCAGCGACGCCACGGAGGGCGCCGACGAGGACGAGCAGAUGUACGAGGGCGAGUACCAGGGGAUCCCCCACCCCGACGAGAUCAAGGAGGCGCGGCGAGCGGCGCGACUGGAGGCCAAGAGGAAAGCUCGCGUGGCGGCCCAGCAGCCGGAGGAGGAGGAGGAGAACCUGCCCGAGCAGUACGAGGCCAUCAUGGAGGACUGUGGUCACGGACGCUUCCAGUGGACCCUCUUCUUUGUGCUGGGCCUGGCGCUGAUGGCGGACGGGGUGGACGGCUUCGUGGUGGGCUUCGUCCUGCCCAGUGCAGAGAAGGACAUGUGCAUCUCCAACGCGGACAAGGGGCUUCUAGGUCUGCUGGUCUACGUGGCCAUGAUGGUGGGGGCGCUGGUGUGGGGGGGCCUGUGCGACAAAAUGGGCCGCAGGAAGUGUCUGAUCUACGUCCUGGCCAUCGACCUGCUCUUCUCCUUCCUGUCCUGCUUCGCCCAAAGCUACGGCUUCUUCCUCUUCUUCCGGUUCUGCUCUGGUUUCGGGAUCGGAGGCUCCAUCCCCAUCGUCUACACCUACUUCACCGAGUUCCUGCAGAUGGACAAGCGCGGGGAGCACCUGAGCUGGCUCUGCAUGUUCUGGAUGCUGGGGGGGCUCUACGCCUCCUUCAGCGCCUGGGGCAUCAUCCCGCACUACGGCUGGGGUUUUGCCAUCGGCUCGGACUUCCAGAUGCACAGCUGGCGCCUCUUCAUCCUGGUCUGCCUCUUCCCUGCUCUGGCGGCUCUCAUCGGGGUGGUCUUCAUGCCUGAGAGUCCUCGCUUCCUGCUGGAGAGCGCCCGGCACGACGAGGCCUGGAUGGUCCUGCGGCAGGUGCACGACACCAACUGGAAGGCCAAGGGUGAACCGGAGAGAGUCUUCACCGUCACCAACAUCAAGACCCCGCAGACGCAGGAAGACGAGUUCAUCGAGAUCCAGAGCGACACCGGAACCGCCUUCCAGCGCUGGACGGUCCGGCACGUGACCAUGCUGCAGCAGGUGAUGGCCAACAUCAUGUCCUUAUCGGCUCCAGAGCUCCGACUGCAGGGUCUGUUCCUGGUCAUCGUGUGGUUCUGUCUGGCCUUCAGCUACCACGGUUUGGGCGUCUGGUUCCCCGACAUGAUCAAGUACAUGCAGUAUGAAGAGUAUCAGUCCAGGGUGCGAGUCUUCCACAGAGAGAGAGUGGAGCGUUUCCACUUCAACUUCUCGCUGGUCAACCAGGUCCACCGUGAGGGAGAGUACAUCCAUGACAAGUUCGCCAACAUCGAGAUCAAGUCUGUCAAGUUUGAGGACUCCCUCUUCCAGAACUGCUACUUCGAGGACAUCAGAUCCACCAACACCUUCUUUGAGAACUGCACCAUCAAGAACACCGUCUUCUACAACACAGACCUCUGGCAGGAGAAGUUCAGGGACUGCCGGAUGGAGAACAGCACCUUCCUGCACCCCAAGAAGGGCUGCCACCUCAACUUCCAGGAGGAGAACGACGUGGUCAUCUACAUGGUCAGCUUCCUGGGCAGCCUGGCCGUGCUGCCGGGCAACAUCGUCUCCGCUCUCUUCAUGGACAAAAUAGGGAGGAUCCGGAUCAUCGGUGGAUCCAUGCUGGCCUCCUCCGCCUGCACCUUCCUGCUGCUGCUGAGCUUCAGCCAAGGCGCCGUCAUCUGCUGGCAGUGUCUCUUCUACGCCGUCAGCGUGGCGGCCUGGAACGGCGUGGAGGUCAUCUCCGUGGAGCUGUACCCGUCGUCCAGAAGGGGCACUGCCUUCGGAAUCCUCAACGCCGUCUGCAAGUUCGCCGCCAUCCUGGCCAGCUUCAUCUUCGCCGCCUUCAUCGGGGUCACCAAGAUCAUCCCCAUCUUCCUCGCCUUCUCCGCGCUCGUCUGCGGGGGCCUGCUGGCGCUCAAGCUGCCCGAAACCCGGGAGAAGAUCCUCUCCUGAGACGCCAAACCUGCCGCGGCCGGGGGUGGGGGGGCGGGUCCAGCGAGGCGGGGCUCAAAAGGCCGAGCUGUCGUCGGCAGAGAGGACUGAACUUGUUAUAUCUGGUGGCCUACGUGGACUUGUCCUUGUUCCUUCUCAGCUCCUGUACCAGUGUUAGUCGCACGCACACACACACACACACACACAUUUGUUUUGCUGUCCUUGUGAGGGCCCCUCCUGGCCAUCACCCUUUCCCCAGCCUCUCCCUCCCCCUAAACACAUGGCUCACCUGAACCUGAGGCCAAAAGCUUGUCAAGACUGGGUCCUCAUAAACCCAGCAAAACAUGA